AAGUUACGUAGCAAAAUAACUAGCUUAAUGUAACUUUCCUAGUCAAAACGGUGACUUGCUACUUACGUGGAUAGAUAAGGGACCCACCCACAUUGAAACAGAUUUCUCUCUCUCUCUCUCCCUUGUCCGAAUCAAAUCCGGUAACUGAGAGCGGAGGUAAAAAAAAAAAACCUAAAUUUUUGUAAUCGUACGAUCUCACACAAGUUUCUGAAUCGUACUGCGUCCGCGAUGGCGGAGUUAGGGCAACAGACGGUGGAUUUCUCGGCUCUGGUUGGUCGAACGGCGGAUGAAUCGUUCCUAUCGCUCAAGGAAGUCGUUGAAAAUGCAAAGUCUCGGGAGCUUUCUGAUACUGAUGAGAAGGUUAGCCUCCUUAAGUACAUCGUCAAGACUCAGCAGCGGAUGCUUCGGCUCAAUGCGCUCGCCAACUGGUGUAAGCAGCAAGCUCGUGCUCCUGUCUACGACGUUCCCUCUGCUGUCGAGAUUUUGCUGACAGUGACAGGCUCUUAUCAGCCGCCUGCCAAAGUGUGUAGGCGAUGUGGGGAUGCAGUGCUCCUUGGACGAGCGUCAACACAAACCAGCACUGAGAAAGCUGGAGGUACUUGUACCUUCCAAACUACUUGAGUGGACAUGAGAUGCUCGCUGGAGAUCAAGUCUGGUUGCAGCCAGCAACUCCACCCAAGGGUGUGUGCUUCUGUCGGAGGCUCCUUGCCGUGUCCUCAGUUCAGACCUUUCAUCAUGGAGCACGUCGCUCAAGAACUGAACGGUUUAGAACGAAUCUGAACAGUGCAAACCCAAAUUGGAGCGGUGGGAACAGAGCUAAGUUUACCGCCUCUAGUGCAAUGUCAAGAGCCGUGAUGAGUCGUGUUGUUGGCAGUGUUGCUUCAGGGUUGUCUGUACGUAGACCACCAGGGAGUGGUGUGCCAGCGGCACAUGUGAGUGGCGAGUUAAACCCAGCGAUUAUCAGCGGUUUAGGUGAUGAUGGUGGAUAUGGUGGAGGAUGGGUUCCUCUUGUGGCUCUUAAAAAAGUUUUGCGUGGGAUACUUAAAUAUCUGGGAGUGUUGUGGCUAUUUGCUCAGUUACCUGAUCUCUUAAGAGAGAUCUUAGGUUCAAUCUUGAAGGAGAACGAAGGCGCUCUCUUGAAUUUAGACCAAGAACAGCCAGCUUUACACUUCUUUGUCGGGUAAUCCAAACCAAGAACUUGAGCGAAUUAUGUGUGUAUGUCUGUUUAUGCUUGUCUUCAAGUUCUGAGAGAAGGUUAACACUCUUAGGUUAACACUCUUCAAAAGGAACUUCUUACCAUAUAGAUAGCUAAAGUUUUUGUUUUUUUUUUUACGUUUUUUUUUGGAAUGUGUGCAUACAUAUUAUGCUGAUCUUUGUUCUUUUUUUCUUUUCUGUUAGGGACUUAUAAAACGUGUUGUAUGUAACCUUCAAUUUGCUAUACCACUUAAUGGAACUUCUAGUCUAUUUCAAAUA